UGCACAGUCACAUGCAAUUGAAUAAAAUUCAGCAAUUCUUCCUGCCCACUUUACCACCAGCUAACAGUAGCCAUGCCCAGCCCCGAUCCUGAUUCGCAACCCAAGGUUUCCACUCUCCCUCUGACGAAGAAACGUCGUACUUCCGUAUCAGAGCGUCCCCCAGAAGCCGAAAGUACAUCAGGACGGUGCCUUUUUCCAACGCUUCCGCUCGAGCUCCUUGCAGAAAUAUUGAUCCAAACCAAUUCCCCUCGUGAUGUUUUGUCUGUUGCUCGCACAUCCAAGUUUAUAUGCUCAACCCUUGUCUGCAAUCCCGCUGCCAACUUCAUAUGGCGGACCGUUCGCAAGAAGUGCUUACCUCACGCACUGCCUGAUCCAACUCCAAACUUUACCGAGGCGGCGUAUGCAGCAUUCGUUUAUGAUGGAGGGCUCUGUGAAUCGCGUUGCAGGAAGGAUAUUGUCGAGAGAUAUCUUAUAGACGUUGUCUCUAUGUUCCAAGGCCGAGCACGCGAUGAGAUAUGGAUUCCCUAUGUGGAGUCUACCCGUUGCUUUGGUACCAAACUCCAGUUUCCGACCAUUCAUCAUGACUUUCCAGCAUCAACCCCCGACAACGCAUGGCCCGAGACUCCCACUGUGUUGAUGAAGAAGUCCGAGUGGGAGCGUUUUCGGGCCGAAUAUGCAGCAUUCUCAGCUCUGUCUCCACCUCCAUCCGAGGAGCUGCGGAAGGCAUGCGCUGAUCAAAUCGCUAAAUUUCCAAAGGUCAUGGGGCUUGCUGUUGCGUUACAGAAGUGGAAGUGCUCUUAUGACAGAAUGCACCGCACCAUUAGGGCCAAAAACGAAGAGGUGGCAAAAUCGCGUGCUCUACUGGAAGGCUGGGAUGUGCAUGAUUUGCUUAACUGUCAAUCCUAUGGUUCAUUGCACAGGCGCAAGACUUAUAUGCUGGAGGAAGUCACACCACGCGAUUUCCUUUCAAUUAAACCGCUUGUUGAGGCCCAGCUGGUGAAAAUGCAAGUACACCGUCAAAAUAAACAAAAUGAAGCCUCUUACCGCCAGCGUCGCAACGACGUCGAACAAUACUAUAAUCGCCUACGGUCCGCUGGAACAGUCGUCCCGUCGCUUUAUGAGUUCCGCAAAUUUCCUGUAAUGAAAACUAUGCAGGGGAGCGUAACAGGUUCGAGGCCCAAUUCCGAGGGCCUUGCAGAGGACAUGAAGAACUCAGCCCUCGUCGCAGAACUUGUUACAGCCGAUUUGAAAUCGUGGAUGGAGCCUGCACGGGAAAAACUGUCCGAAUUGCUCGGGUUCCCCAGGUGGAGGAGUGCGAGCAAGACGAAGCUGCAUCCGCUAGACAGGAUCACUGCCCGGUUUAGGUGCCAGAGAUGCGGGAAAGUCGCGAAAACGAAAGACAAGAAGCCAGUGGAUUGGAGUGUCGAUCGCUUCGUGAAAGAUGAGAAGGCGUCAGAUGCAGUUGCGCGCCUCCUGACGCUCGUCGGGGUCACAGACGAGGAUGCGGAGGCACGGGAUACGGUCAAGACGCUUGGAGCGCGCAUUCAGUGUCUUUCCUGCGAACACGCAUUCAUUGUCAUGGACUUCCCCACCCUCGUUGGUCACGCUCACCGGCAUGAUGAUAUGCAGGUAGCUAUACUGUCCGAAGGAGAAGUGCCAGAGCAUGCCUUCGAGUCAGGUUUGUCUGCGAAACUUCUGGACAAGGGUUUCAGACCACAGAAGUUGAGGAGCGAGGCGAAUUAUCGGUGCCGUCAUUGCGCUCCAGUCUGCAAAUCAGCUGGUGCCAGCGUGGAUGGUGGGGGGCAAGUCUCUGCGGGGGAACCUGCUGCGAAGGAAACACCAACGGGGGACCCGAAGAAACGCCAGAGAAACAGGAAGAGCCCGUUGAGGCUAAUGGACUUCAAUGCGCUUCGCUCGCAUUUGAAGGAACGACACAGAAUAGAAAUGGUGAGCGAUGAGGACUUCUUCGCACAGACGCCUGUGAAGUGGCAGACCUAAGGAACCCAAACGAGGGGCGGUCUGUUUUCAUUCAUCUAUUUUUUUUGCCUGAACCUAUUUUAUGUAGUAUUAGUUUACUAACUUAGUGAUUGAAUCAUUUAAUCGGCUGGGCUGUUUGAUUAAACGAGAGAGCCGUUGAGACGUGGUGUGGAAAGGCGAGGGAUCAGAAUUAUCGUUUGAAACCAGCCACGAAUAUUUCCUACGUAAAAUUUAGCCUCGAGUUAAUACAAAGGAACGACUAUCUUCCUUCGAUUGGUCCUGGCUAGGGGAGACUAGCCUCGAGUCACCACACGCAAGUACUUUACU